GCCAGUAAUCGUGAGAGGCUUCAGGACGAGCUGGAGGAGGCAAAAACAAAGCUCGCAGAAAAACCAAGAGUAACGGAACAUGGCAGCUCGUGAACAAAGGUGGCUUCUGCGAAGUAUGCGUCUACAUCAAGGCACGUGUGCGUACAUCAAAGCAUGUGCUGAGGGGUAUCGCUUCAACUUUGUCACCUUUAGAGCUCCCUGCGAUGCUUGUUUUUUCCUUGUUCUUCUAAAGCAUUGCCUGUGGUGCCUGGAGCAGCCCACCUGUCCUUUAGGUAAACGGUGCCAUCAUUUACCCCGUAAAUGGUUCAGGUUUCCUCCAGAAAAGGAUGAAUUCGUUUGGGAAACUGAUGCGGACCCGUUCAGACCGGUGAUUGACAUUCUGCACCACGCUGACAUGUUCUCCCCAGAUGGAAUGUGGCUAGAUUCCAUCCAGAACUCUGUCUAUGAUCUUCCUGCAGGACUUCAGCUGAUCACCCGUAUCUUUCAUGUGCGUAGGGCUAUUACCCUUGUCCAAUCGUUUGGAGUUCCUGCCCGCUCGCUGGGUGCUCCGAGAACUCACAGUUUUCUGUUCACGGACUUCGUCAUGCAAAGCACCUUUGUAACGUACUACACCAUCACCUUCUGUGGCUAUGUUCUAUGGACAACUGAACCAGCGAAACAUCGUGAUUGGAAUUGUCGUCCUAUCCUUAGUCGCAAAUGUCACACAAUCGGAACAGACUCAAUGGUAUUCUCAUCAAGACCUCACGGUGGUGGUUUGAGGUUUCACGAUGAGGUGUGGUCUUCACUGAAGUCUCACAGUUCUAUAUCUGCUCCCCUGCCGCACUGGAUCAGACGACUAUCACCCAUUCCAUAGUUAAGCUACUUUGCCCUGGACUGCAUCAACUUUCAUUUGCUUUUAUUUUCUUAUGUUUUCACAUUUGUUAGUUACUUGUACAAUCACGACUGAGAAUGACCUUGGUGGUGAGUCCACUGUCGCUCCACUGGUAAGCAGAGUGGGAAUUUGACAUACAAUUUGGUUGCUGUCAGGGUUUUUCGCCCACUCCUAGUUCAUCAUGUUGUGAUUAGGCUUAUCCGUUGAUGCUUUGAGGGUGGGUGAUGAUGUCGAUUUUGGUCGAUUUUUGUUUUUUGUUUUUUUUUUGUUUUCGAUUUUGCUCGAUUUUUUGCUAAGAUUUUUGUCUUAUUUAGAUUUUUUGUCUAUGUUUCUUUUUUUAGUUAUAAAUAUAUAAAUAAAUAAAAUCAUUUUUGUGUUAUGUGACAUGUAUGUUUGUAAUGGGUUAAAAUAGAAGUAAGCAUAGAGUGUGAGACUAAUUAAUAAGGGAGUGAUGGAUCUAAUCCACCUUAUCUAGCGUGUGACCUAAUAAUUAGUAUAGUAUAUUUAAUCAAACUCAUGUAACCUAUUUACUCCAAGUAUAAUUAAAAUAAUAAUAAUAAUCAGUUACUAAUAAAUAAA